CAAGGAGCUCUACGAGGUUCCCGGCGGUGGCCAGGUUGCUGCUGUCCCUCCUCGGGCUCUCAGCGGCGACCUGGCCCGUCGGAGGCCUCCUCGAGCGGCAUUGUGCCGUGCCUGGUGUUUGGUUCUCUUUGCCGUACACGGUGCUUCAGUGUCUGUUUUGCCUGAGUACCGUACACUCUCGUUGAUUGUCGAAGGCCUGUCCACGCCCAUUGUCGUCGGAGUGCACAUUAUUGUCGGAGUAUCGUUGGAAUGGCAUUUUCCUUGGUUAUCUCAACUGUCCAUCUAGUUAUUGCUUGUGAUUUGCCUUCUUCUUGUUGAGCGAGUCCACGUUUUAUAUAUGGAGUUUAUUUCAUCUGAAUUGUCAGGCGCGGAUUUUGUUGCUUCAGAUUGGACAGAUACGGCGUUGUUUACUUCCGAGUUUCUCGCUUGUUUGUCUGCUCGUUUGUCUACGGUCGAAGUGUGUGUUAGUGAUCUAUAUUGCCGUGUUCGCCCUUCGUACGGAGGUGAGUCUCGCCUGCAUGAGCGAGACCAGCUGUAUGGGCAUGGUGUCAAAGUUUCUCAAUCGAAGUUGCGCCGCCUGCGGGCGAAACGUGUCAGGUAUCGUUUGUGGUCCACGGCUCGGGGGCCAGAUCCGUCGUGCCUUGUUCGCGCGGGCAUUUGCGCGCCCAGAUAUUAUCGGAAUUUCUGCUCGGACGAUUCUGAGGAAGAGGAGUGGGUUGAGGACACUUGUGGAACACAGGCUGAUAUGGAUGCUGUUGAAUUGGCUGGCAACUCUUUGUGUUCGCAGUGUUCCGAUUGUGGGACUCAGACAGAUCCCUGUGUCCACAUUGCGUGUGGGACUCAGACUGAUCUUUGUGUUCUCUUUGUUGGUGAGGAGGAGAAGGAGGAGUGUCAUCGAGUGCGCGCUGACAACAAUAAAAACUCGGAAGUGGUCUCUGUUUCUGUUGAUCCAGGUGUUCAGAAAGAGGAGUUGCAUGAUGAGGAGUUGCAGGGUGAGGAGUUGCAGAAUGAGGAGUUGCGGAAUGAGCAGUUGCAUUAUUCUCAUCAUAAAGAUUCUAUGGCUUCACACCCUGGGAGUUCCACGGCUGCGAGAUUAUCUAAUGCAGUUGUGAGUUCAGCAGUGACGGAGGACGAGUGUCAAGCUGCCAGGGACUGGGCCCUUGCCGGUGUCGAUGUCAGUGCCCUUUGGCGUGAGCUACACCGACUCCCGACACAGGAGUUUCAGCGUGGGACUGAGGCUCUUAAUGCAUACAGGCUGCAAUUGGGAAUUGAAAGUUCCGAGGAGGAUGAUUCGCAACAAGGGGUUCCUCAGAGUUCUACUUCCAGGAGUGCAUUGACGCGGAGCGGCAAGAAGCAUCGGAAACGGCACAGAUGAUGCACAUGUGAUUGAUCCUGCACGCUUGAUUUGUCAUUGCGUUGCCUUUCUUCAUGCCUGUGUGUGUUGUCGUGCAUGCGCGUGUGUUGAAUAAGAGCUUCGCUUGAUCCCUCAAAGUAGGUCAUUCGUUGCUUCCUUGAUUUGAGUGCUCAUUGACCUUUGAACGUGACUUUCCGUGAUUUGUCCCGACUUUGCAUGAAUGCCGAAAAACAUGUCUUUUCGAGUUCUUCAGCACACGCUGAAGAAAGAUUCCUCCAUGUGUUCUGAGCAGCGUCGCGCGAUUUCAGAGCUUACGAGGCUCCCGGCGGUAACCUGGUUGACGGUUUACCGCCGGCUCCCAGUUCCGCUCAUCGACGCCGAAGUGCUCAACGAGGUACUAGCUGCACCCCGCGCCAGAAUUCCUCCAGCUCAGCGAUGCCAGAGCGCUUUUCGAAGUGCAAGCUAGGGAGCUGGGAAGCACCCCCGCUCAACAGAAAACCACGCGACACAGUCGCCUACAGAUCGAGACCUCUGCGAUUGGUCUGCUACCGCAGCUGCAACUGAACAACUGCUUGCACUCCUUAAUU